GGAGGACCAAAGCACAGCGGCCGGGGAGAGGGACCGCACGGGCGCGGGGGUCUCGGCCUUCUCCUUGCAGCUCUUCCAGCGAGAGAGGGAGUGUUGGUUGCCACUAUGCCAUCCUCCUCCCCUCAGGAGUCCUCCCUCCUUCUUGCCAGCCCCAAUGCCACAACCCCAGGCAACAGCACAGAAGAUAACCAGUUCUUCUAUGCUUUCUCACUCUUGGACAAGGAACUCCAUGACAACUUUCCCAAUCUGUGGGUGGCCCUGCUGGCCGUCAAUGGGACCAUCUUCCUAGUCGGUGUGGCACUCAACAGCCUGGCCCUGUACGUCUUCUGCUUCCGCACGAAGACCAAGACCACCUCCAUCAUCUACACCAUCAACUUGGUGGUGACGGACCUGCUGGUGGGCCUGUCACUGCCCACGCGGUUCAUUAUCUACUAUGGGGCUCAAGACUGCCUCAGCUGCUCUCUCGUGCAUGUCUUCAGCUACUUUGUCAACAUGUACUGCUCCAUCCUGUUCCUCACCUGCAUCUGCGUGGACCGUUACCUGGCCAUUGUCCAGCUGGAGGCCUCGAGGAAGUGGAGGAACCCUAGCUGUACCAAAGGCAUCUGUGUCUUCAUCUGGCUCUUUGCCAUGGUAGUGACCUUCUCUGUCCUGACUGUCGCGGUCCAAGGAGGUUCCUGCUGCCGCCUCUUUGCCUUGACGGUCUUCGAAUACUUCCUGCCUCUGGUGGUCAUCACCUUUUUCACAGGGAGGAUCAUGUGUGCGCUGUCCAAGCCCAACCUCAUGCGCCAGAGCCGCGAGCGGCGAAUGCGCGCCGUCCAGCUGCUCCUCACUGUCCUCGUCAUCUUCCUGGUGUGCUUCACACCAUUCCAUGCCCGCCAGCUGGCCGUGGCUCUCCGUCCCCAAGCCAUAUCCAAAGAAGCGAGUCUUGUGGCCUACCACGUCACCAUCACGCUCAGCAGCUUCAAUAGUUGCAUGGAUCCCAUUGUCUAUUGCUUUGUGACCAACAGCUUCCAGGCCACUGUCCGGGGCCUCUUCCACAGGAGCGAGCCAGAGCAGACCAGUGGAGAGGUCAUCAGCAUGCACAAGAGCUCCAAGGGUUCCAUCCACAACGCCAUCGUCCCCUGCUCCCGACCUCAGGCCGAUGGGCCCCAGGUGUAG